AUGGCUGGUUCCAUAUUAAGGUAUGUUAAAAAAUCUAAACCUUCUCCACCCGAUGAAUCUGUAGAGGAAGAGAAUGAUAAAAGUAGCAAGGAAGCUAGUGGGUUUGAUCAUGAUCAAGUUGAAAACAGUGGUGAGCAUAGCAGUGAACAUGAGUUUGAUGAGAAUGAGAAUGAGAAUGAAGAGGAUAAAGCUUUUGGUGUUAAAGAGUAUCAGAUAGAUAGAGAUAUAAAUGAUCCGGAAAGUUGGGGAAAAGUUGAUAAAAGAAUGAGAGAUUUUAUGGUUGAAAAAGGUCCAGUGUUGUUUAGGCAAGACAAACUUACGAAUUUGUUGGCGACUACUGGGUCUGAUGAUUGGAGAAAUGUCUCGAAACUACUUAAGGAACAUGAAAAGGGUCAUAAGCAUAUCACAUGCAUGAUUCAAUGGUUGGAGUUGGAAGAGAGAUUACAAAAGAAUCAGACAAUUGAUAAGCAUAUUCAAGAAGAGCUAAACAAAGAGAAAAAAACACUGGAGAGAUGUGUUGCUGAGGAUAAUUGCAUUGAUUUUGAUCCAGUGAUGAAAGAGCACGUUAGACGGAUCGAGAAGCGUGAAACUCAUUAUCAUUAUCUCAGUCACAGGAUUCAGAAUGAGUUGAUAGAUAUGCUUGGGAAUGAGAUCAAACAAAUGAUAUUAAAGAAGAUUCGGUAUGCAAAGUAUUUUUCAGUUAUUCUUGACACCACUCCUGAUAUCAGUCAUCGGGAACAAAUGUCCAUGGUUAUUCGAUGUGUGGAUAUUUCUGAGACUUCUCCAAAGGUUGAAGAAUUUUUUUUAACAUUCUUGGAAGUGAAAGACAAAACAGGAGAAGGGCUUUUUGACGCCCUUCAAGAUGCGUUGCAUAGUCUUGGACUGAGUAUAGAUGACAUUAGAGGGCAAGGUUAUGAUAAUGGAUCAAACAUGAAAGGAAAAGUUAAAGGAGUACAAAACAGGUUGCUUGAAGUUAAUCCCAGGGCUGCCUACACACCAUGUGGUUGUCAUAGUCUGAAUCUUGUACUUUCUGAUAUCGCUUCCUCAUCAUUGAUAGCAACAUCAUUUUUUGGAAUCAUUCAGCGCAUCUAUCGUUUGUUUACAAACAACUGUGACGUUUUUAGAGAGAUUGUGAAUGGUUUUACGGUAAAACCAUUAUCACAAACUCGUUGGGAAAGCCUCGUCAAAAGUGUUAAAGCAAUACGGUUUCAGGCUCCAAAAAUACAAGAGGCUUUGAUUUACUUGGCUGAAAACAGUGCAAAUCCAGGAAAUAAAAGUGAAGCUGAGUCUCUUGCAAUGAGUGAAACUUAUGGGAUUGGAAGCUUUGAGUUUUUGAUUGGAAUGAUUAUUUGGUAUGAGCUUUUGUUUGUUGUUAACAAAGUGAGCAAGAUUCUACAGUCAAAAGAUAUGGAUAUUGAUGUUGCUAUUGCUCAAGUGAAAGCAAAGCGGUUCAUUAAAAAGAAGCAAUAUCAUGAUGAAGAGCCUAGAAAAGAUGAUGAAGAUGUGAUAUUUACAGCAGAAGAGAACUUCAGAAUCAAUUACUUCAUCAAAAUUGUGGACCAGAGUUUGAAGAUGCAGUUGACAAAUGAUGAUGAGUUGAUGGUUUCUUGUGUCAACCUUGAAGUUUUUCUCAAGCAUGGUAAUCAUUCUGAUAUUGAUAGUAAUGAAUUAUUUAUGGAGAUAAAGCUCUUAAGAGGGAGUUUAUCAACAAAUAUUCAGAAGACGGCUGAGGUAUUGGAUUUUCUUAAGAAGGUGGAUACUUGUUAUCCAAACACAUGGACUGCAUAUCGCAUAAUGAUGACAAUUCCUGCUUCAGUUGCAUCGGCAGAAAGAAGCUUUUCGUAG